ACACGCUUGCACAUAUAGCUCACAAUCAUCGCGUAUCGCGCUCCAUCGUUCUUGUGCUUGAAAAGUGUCGGUUUUUCACAUCUGUGUGUUCAUUUCGAAUCGAAUCGCAUCGCACAACAAACAACCGUUGCUUUAGUAUACCGGGAGCAUUCAUACGAUAUUGACGUACACUGAAAUUUAUCAUCGAAAUUUUCGGAAUCAUUUCAAGCGACAACCACCAAAGUUCAGUUAGUGCGAGUUCUUCUUCGACACAAAAACGUCAAUAAACAACACACAUUUUUUAAGAAUCCAACAGGAGCAACCGAAAAAAACACAGACUCAUACUUUAAAAAAAGAAGAUAAAUUUAAAUUGUCGUUUAAUGAAUCCGGACCGUCUUUAAGUGAUAAACCCGUGAAAUAUUCGAACUCGAAAGCUUCAUUGUUGUUUAUUUUAUCUCUCGUUUUUUGUGGUGGCGUACAAUUUUCGAUCGGUUUGGCACCAAGUGCAUCGAAGUGUGUGAAAAGUGAUUUUAGCAGAAAAGUUCGUUAAAAUUUCUUGAUCGUCAAGAAAAGAGAAAAAAAGCCAAGGCUAACCAACCAACCAACAAAUAGAAGAAAAAAGUUUCAAAUCACUGAGAGCAAAUAUCACAAAUUGUUGUGCGGAACAGAGAGAAAGAAAGCCAAACAAGUGAGAAUACACACACACACACACACACACCGAAUCAACCAAUCGCAUAACCGAAACACGAAGUUUUCAUCACUUUCAAACACGAAAAAUUGCAUACCAAAAGCGUCCGUCAGUGUUCCGAACUGAAUGCUGAUGCCAUCAACUUUAAAGUUUGGCUAUAGCUAGACAAUAAUCGAAUUGAAAGACAAACACACAUUCAGCGUGUGAAAGCAAAAAGAAUAACGGAAACGGUCACCAUUGCGUUCACAUCGAACCAGCAUCCAAGUGAACAUUGCGAAAAUCGUUUGUUAAUUGAGUGUGUUCAUUCUUUUUCGUCGUCGAAAAUUUAUCAGUUAAAAUCAACAAAUUAAACGCGUGUUUAUUUCUCGGUCACCUACAGUGUGAGUGAAGAUUGUUUUUUUUGCCUAUUUCUUUUCUGCGGUUAGUGUACGUUAUCAAUAAACCGGACAACGAUAGCAUCAGCACCAGCUGCCAUCAUCACCGAUCACCCUGUAGUAUCAUCAUCACCGAUAUUGAGCCAUCACGGAAAAUCUCUAUUUCCAACGGAAAAAGGAGCACACACACGAGGAAUUGUGCAAUAUCAACUUAAAUCCGUUUGAUUCGCCCACUCGAAGCAAUAAAGGGCAGCACAUUACGAAACUCCAAUAAAACACACCCGGAAACAAAAGGCUCGUGCUUCGGAAGGCUGGUUCAGAAAUUUUCAUUUUUUCCCCCUUUAUUUGAAGUGCUUGCGAUUUGCCGAACUCUCUCGCUCACACAAACACGAGCGACGAAAACCAAAAAAAAACUUUGCCUAGUAUUUCAUACACGCGAUAUUCGGUGCAUCCGUUUUCUCCAUAGCUUUAAUUAAAUAUUUCAAAAGUGUGAACGAAGUGAACACGAUACAUACAUACACACUCACCGGUGGAAAGGAGGCACGUGUUAACGAAAAAAAACUAACGCUGCAGAAUAUCUGAAACGGAAGUACACUUUUUUUUAUUCUGAUGAAGAGUGCGUGCUUCGUGUUUCAAACGAAAUACAAGUGAAAUCGCACACAUUGGUACAAACUGAGUGAGCAAUUGCAAUUGCAAAAAAUCCGCAGCGAACGACGGGUGCAGUAGAGAGCAAAAGAAGCAGCAAAAAAAAUUGUAACGUGACAUAAACGAGACGUGAAGAUUGGAAUUGGAAUUUGGUGUAGCGUAUCAAAAUUACGUCGAAACAAGAAGAACAACCGAAUCGAAAACAAAGUUUAUCCGUUCGUUGAUCGAGAAAGUUUGUGCCACGCGGGUUUUUACCUACAUAUAUAAAUAAAAUAUUGUUUCGUUUUUUGUAUAAAAUUCGGUUGAAAAAAUGUCGUCACGCGUCACGAUAAGUGGUGAUGGUUUAGACCAUAUAGGUGGUGGUGUAAGUGGCAGCCGCAGCAAUCAAUCGUCAAGCCAGCGAAGACAACGUUCAAGAUCGACAUCACGAUAUGCGGACCUGGAGAAACCGAAAAAGAAAAAAACGUUAAGCGCCACCACAAGCCUCGUAUCAAUACCCAAUACAAUUAAAUUGAGCAUGCUGAACAGUGGACUGAUUUCGUUUGAAAGAGUUAAACUGGAAGCCAGAGAUGAAAACAAUUCAUUUUCACAAACAAUCCCGGAUAAACCCAUAGAACUUCAUCAUUUUGUUAAACUUUGUGAACAGCGCCGGAAGUUUCGCGUUCUCUACAAAUUAGAAUUUCAAACCGCCGUUAAAGUGGAAACAAACUCGUGUCGACACGCAUUGCGAAAAAACAAUGAACAGAAAAAUCAAAACCAAAAGUGCAUUCCAUAUGAUUAUAAUCGCGUAGUAUUGGACAAAAUUGACGGUGUUCCUGAUUCCGAUUACAUAAAUGCCUCUUAUGUUGAUAGCCUUUUAAAACCAAACGCUUAUGUAGUAACCCAGGGUCCAACUGAAGAAACGGUCAAUGAUUUUUGGCGCAUGGUUUGGCAGGAGAACGUUAGUGCUAUCAUCAUGCUAACAAAAACAUUCGAUUUCACAAAGGUGAUGUGCAUACAAUAUUGGCCACCAGCGCUCGACAAAACAGAAAUGUACGGCGACAUUCACAUUGGCAUCGUAGCAGAAGAACAAUUAGCUAAUUUUCAAAUUCGCACAUUCAGAAUAUGGAAGCAGAAUGCCGAGGGCGGCGUUACCGAAGAACGUCAAAUAAUUCAGUUCCACUACACGGAAUGGCAUUCGCAUACGAAUCCAUUUUCGAAUGCUGUGCUCGAAUUUCGUCGUCGUGUUCGUGCCGUUGUUGGGAACAUAAUAACGGCAAACAGUUUAGUUGGCCCGAUGCUGGUGCAUUGCAAUGAUGGCGGCGGCCGGUCUGGUGUUUAUUUAGCAAUCGAUGCAAACAUGGAAUUGGCUGAAGAAGAAGAUUGCUUUCACGUUUUCGGCUAUCUCAAAAAGCUGCGACAAUCGCGCAAAGGCCUUAUCGAAAAUGUGGACCAAUACAAAUUCGUAUACGAUACGUUAGAGGAGCAUAUAAAGUGUGGCAAAACAUGGUUUCCCGUGUCGGAACUGUCCGAACGAUUGAAGGCAAAAGCGCGCAAAGAUCCAGUCACCAAAAUGAAUGAAUAUCAAAAGGAAUAUGCACAAAUUUGCAAACAAACACCCAGAUUUACAAUUGGUGACUGUGCCGGCGGACAUAGAGCUGAUAACAGAGAAAAGAACCGAGAUGUCCUCAUAGUUCCACCUGAUAAUUUUCGUCCAUACUUGACAUCGUUUCAAGGCAACGCUUUUACCGAUUACAUAAAUGCUGUGUUUGUUGAUGGAUACACGAAGCCACGCGAAUAUAUUGUCACCGAAUGGCCAUUGAAGCACACUGUCGGCGAAUUCUGGUCGCUUGUAUACGAUCAAGAGUGUUCAGCUGUUGUGGUUUUAUGUCAACCUCCACCGAAUUCGCAAGCAUAUCCAUCAUUCUGGCCGGAGAAGAGUAAAAUGGAAAAAUAUGGUCCCGUUUUUUCGGUGCACUCGGUAUCGCGCAAACAUUAUCAAAAUAUCAAACAAUGGGAAUACAAAAUCAAUAAAAAGAUAGUUUCGUUGACCGAAUUGAUGGCAGGUGUAAAGGCUCCAACAAAAGUGGUUCAGCUAUUUCAGUUAACGUGCUUCCCGCUGGGUCACAAGGUACCAACAUCGACAAAUUCGUUAGUUGCUUUAAUGAAUAUGGUUGAAAAUUGGCGCGCAAAAACUGAUUAUGGACCCGUUUGUGUUGUUUCACCCGAUGGACGAAGCCGAGCCGGUGUUUAUUGUGCAGCCAAUGCAUGCAUCGAACAGGUGAUACAGCAUGGAGAGGUCGAUGUUUUCCAAGCCGCAAAAACUGUUCGACGACAUCGACCGCAACUUAUCGAAAAUAUGACCGAAUAUAAAUACUGCUACGACUUGGUGUUACACUACGUUCUGCACUAUUUAAAUAAGGAUUUGAAGGAGAAAAAGUGAGAAAACGAAUUACACGACGGCCUGUGGUUUAUCGAAUUCGGGAGGGGCAAGGCAAUUCCAUUGACACCGGAUUCGUCGAAUGCCGAUCUACCUGGCGAAAUAUCAAACACAGGCAAAAUUGUCGUGAAAAAACGUAUUGCAAAAA